ACGAUUUUUCAUGUGCCCAAAAGCCCUACUGCAAAAUUAGGGUUUGCUGUCACCGCCACCUCAAGUCCUCAACAUUAACUCUGUGUGUUUAGAUCUCGAGCUUCUUCUCUAGCUUCCGAUUCGCGACAAUGGCAACCCAAAUGAGCAAGAAGAGAAAGUUCGUAGCCGAUGGGGUUUUCUUCGCUGAGCUGAACGAGGUUCUGACCAGAGAGCUCGCGGAGGAUGGAUACUCGGGUGUGGAGGUGAGGGUCACCCCGAUGCGCACUGAGAUCAUCAUCAGAGCCACUCGAACCCAGGCCGUUCUUGGUGAAAAGGGAAGGAGAAUUAGGGAGCUUACCUCUGUGGUACAGAAGAGGUUCAAGUUUCCGGAGAAUAGUGUGGAGCUAUAUGCUGAGAAGGUUAACAACCGUGGUCUUUGUGCUAUUGCUCAGGCAGAGUCUCUCCGCUACAAGCUCCUUGGUGGCCUUGCUGUACGGAGGGCCUGCUAUGGUGUUUUGAGAUUUGUUAUGGAAAGUGGUGCCAAGGGAUGCGAGGUCAUUGUUAGUGGAAAAUUGAGGGCUCAGAGAGCCAAAUCCAUGAAAUUCAAGGAUGGUUACAUGAUUUCUUCCGGGCAACCAGUCAAAGAUUACAUUGACUCUGCAGUGAGACAUGUGCUCCUCAGACAGGGUGUUCUCGGUAUCAAGGUCAAGAUCAUGCUUGAUUGGGAUCCUAAAGGAAAACAAGGUCCCAAGACUCCUCUCCCUGAUAUUGUCACUAUCCAUGCUCCAAAGGAGGAAGAAGAAUACAUCCGGCCUGCUGCUGUUCUGACAAGUGAUAUUGAGGUCCCUGUCGCUUGAUAUGUUUUGAUUGUUGGAGUAUUGACUGAUAGUACCUGAAUUCCUAGCUUUUCUUGUGCGCAAUAUUUGAUGUCAAAGAAUUGCUCAAAAUUUUCUAGUUUUAGAUACAAGUAUUCAUCAAUCGUUCUAUCCGUUCCCUUCCUCAGUUCGAAUUUUGUUUAUUGUCCAAAGAGUUGUUAUGAAUGUCUAGAAAGAAAUUAAAUGAUAUUUUCUUUGUUAUUGAUUUCGGACGUUCAGAUGUUCUAUCUUAUAAAUAAAG